AUGAAGAUCGACUACAAAACCGCAGGAAAAUGGAAGGCAGAGUACAACAAAGAUCCUGAGAAGAAGGUCCCUCUCAAAAAGGCGAAUCGUACAUCAAAUCGAGCUGUAAGCAAACUAAAUGAGAAACAUAAAGCACAUUUGAUCGACUUUUUCGAUGAGAAUUGCUCGACUGUUAUCCAGGACGCAGUCGAAAACUUGAUAAGGAGCUUUGAAUUCAUGAAAGGUGACUGUAACCUCGGUAUAAAAGUUGUUAUAUGCCAUCCCAAAGUUAAAAAUAACCAAAAGAUUCUUGAGCCCAUGCAAAAUAAAGCAGGUUUUGACACAAACAUGCGUCGGACAAGAGGUUGGCCAAAGCGAGGCACACCAGUAACCAUAGAAUCACCUUCUGCAAAAGGCGUAUUUUAUACAGUUAUUGGUGCAAAUUCAGCAUUUGAUGUGGUGAAUAUGAGUAUGAGAGAGCCAGAUGCUGCUGCUAUACCAAAAGGAACUACAGUUGGCCAUUAUGUGGAAUUCAUCAGCGAUACAUUAGGCAUUAAGAAUGAAUUCCUAACAUGAGAGAUAUGGAUAUUGCUCUAUCUCUCCUGAAGCUGUUGAUCAUCUUAGAGAGGGUAUAUAUACCAGUAUACCUUCCACCUUUGUCGCCUGAGCUCAAUCUUAUCGAAAUGUUUUGGAAAAUAUUGAAAGGCUG